ACCUUACAUCUUGUACCCCUGUUGUAGUCAAUUCAAUUCAUUUCUUGGAACAAGACGUGUACAUUGAUGGAGACCAAUUGGAGAGUGAAAGAAGUACACGAUUCCCCUAAAAUGACAAUAAGGUGUUUAUUUAGAGGUAGGAAAUAAUGAAUCAAAAACCUAAUGGAUUUGGAAGGGGGAGGGGCCAAGGGAGAGGAAGGGCAGCUCCAGCUGUUGAUGGGAAUAGGUCAUUUGAUCUCUGGAAUUCUAAGGCAGCUAUGAAAACAGCCAAGCAGGAAUCGAAGAAUUCCAGCAGGCCGUCUUUGAAUAGCAGUGGUGUUGCAAAAUCAACUUCCAAUAAACAAGAAGAGUGGGGAGACAGGAAAACAGGAAAGCAGGAAGCAAAGAAUUCCAGCAAGCCGUCUUUCAAUAGCAGUGGUGUUGCAAAAUCAACUUUCAAUAAAGAAGAAGAAUGGCGAGACAGGGAAACAGCCAGUGAAGGCCGACUUGAAAAAGCAAGAAAGAUUAGAAAGGUUGCAGCUGAAAAAUAUUCACAUUUGUUGGAAGAUACAGACUCCAGUGAUGAAGAACUCAGAGAAGAAGAAAUUAUGAAGAAAACUCUGAAUAACUAUACAGUUCAAUUAUGUGGUGAUGAUAGCUCUGUUCCAGAACCAAAUUCAUUUGUGGCAAAUAUGCUUCAGGCCGGGGAGAUAACUUGUCCAGUUUGUAUUGAUCCUGUUAAGCAUGUGGACCCAAUCUGGAGUUGCAGAAAAUGUUUCGGCAUAUUUCACAUUCAGUGCAUCCAGAGGUGGGCAAGACAACUUGUUGGGGCGAAAAACAUUGAAAUGGAAAACAGUGAGCUGGAAGAAAGUACUCUUUGGUGUUGCCCGAAUUGUAGAAAUGACUACAAACAAGAGGAUUGCCCAACCAAGUAUUUCUGCUUUUGUGGCAAGGAGGCAAAUCCAAAGUUUGACCCAUGGACAAUUCCGCAUUCCUGUGGUCAGAAAUGUGCCAAAAUGCUGACCCCAAUAUGUGGCCACGAAUGCCUGUUACUCUGCCAUCCUGGUCCAUGUCCACCUUGCCCAAAAACUGUGUCAAAGAAGUGUCAUUGUGGAAGAGGAGGUCCAUCUACAAGGAGAUGUUGCAACAAAGAAUGGUCUUGCGGUGCGAUGUGCAGCGACCUGCUUGCUUGCGGCCUUCAUAAAUGCAAAUCGACAUGUCAUCCAGGCGAUUGCCCACCAUGUCCUGAGAAAAGUCUUCAGCCUUGCAAAUGUUCAAAACAUAAACAAUUGAGAGAUUGUGCUGCUGGAAUAUGGAAAUGCAGCGAGGUAUGCGGGAAAGUGCUUUCCUGUGGCUACCAUACCUGUGAGGAGGUUUGUCACAAUGGCACAUGUGGACCGUGUCCAAGAACAGGCAAGCGAAGCUGCCCUUGCGGAAAAAUGAGCCUACAGCUGCCUUGCACUGAAGACAUUCCGCCUUGCGAGGACACAUGUGGCAAACGAUUAGAAUGUGGCAGACAUAAAUGUCACUGGCAGUGUCACACUGGUCAAUGCGAAACAUGCCGACAAAUUGUGACAAAGACAUGCAGGUGCGGCAAAUGCAGUAAGGAGCUGCCAUGUUGCCAAUUGUUCACCUGCGACUUCAAAUGCACUAGAAUGAGAAACUGCCAAAGACAUCCCUGCAAACGAAAGUGUUGUGACGGUGACUGCCCCCCGUGCGAGCAGAUAUGCAAUAGACAGUUAUCAUGCAGAAAUCAUAAAUGUCCUUCGCAGUGUCACACAGGUCUUUGUUUCCCCUGCCCCCUGAAGAAAGAGGUUACCUGUUACUGUCAGUUUACUAAAGUUUCAGUGAAUUGUGGUGCAGAGAGAUUUACAAAACCUCCAAAAUGCAAACAGGCUUGCUCGAUUCCUUCAAAUUGCCACCACAAGACAAGAGAGUCCCAUCGAUGCCAUUUUAACCGCUGUCCAUCUUGUCGGCAAACCUGCGGUCGUAGGUUAGAAUCCUGCAUCCACACAUGUCCGGCGGCUUGUCAUGACGAGGUUCCUGUCCGAAAUCCGAAUAAGCCAAAUUUCUCAUUGGAUCAGAAACCAAAAGAAGUCUUCACCUUCGUUCAGCUCCCUUGUCCUCCGUGUAAGGUUCCGAUGCAAAGAGAAUGCUUUGGUAAACACGAAGUGUCCACUUUUCCUUGCUCGGAAGACAAGCCGUUCUCGUGUAAGCGCCGAUGUGGUAGAAGACUGGUUUGUGGGAAUCAUCACUGUGAACGCGAGUGUCAUGUUGUUGUCAACGCACCCUCGGAUACAGAGGCGGGCAGUGACUGCCUCUCUUGUGAAAAGCCGUGCCUCAAACCGAGACCAACGGAAUGCACUCACAGCUGUAGUAGACCGUGCCACCCAGGUGACUGUCCGCCCUGUGUGAAGUAUGUUCGUACCAGCUGCCAUUGUGGACUUAUCAUGAUGGAGAUCAAGUGCUUUGCACUUGCCUCUAAGGAUGGUGAAGAAGAGGAAGCGGCCAAGUCGUGUCAAAAUCGAUGCCCGAAGUCAUUAGAAUGCAGUCACCGCUGUCCUAAAAUUUGCCACCCAGGAGAUUGUCCUAAGCCUGAAACAUGCAGCCAGAAAGUAAAGCUGUUUUGUUCUUGCAGAAGAAUAAAAAAGGACCAGCGCUGCAAGGAUGCCCAGUAUGGGAUUUCGUCAUUAGAAUGUGAUGAUAAAUGUGAAGAAAUUCGAAAUGAAAUAAAGAAAGAGGAGGAGAAAAAGGCUGCAGAAAUGAAAGCGGAGGAACUGAAAAAGCAGCAGGAGGAAGUUGAGUGCUUUGAAAGGAAAAUGGGCGGCCGGAAAAGAAAACCGAAGAACACCAAGAUCGAAGAUGAAAAGCAAAUUUUGUCAAGACGCACUUUCUUCAUUUUGAUUGCCAUUAUUGUUGCGUUUAUUUCAGUUUUGGCAAUUUUAUUAUUUUAGAAUUCUGAAUGAUUACUUCAUUGCUACUGUUGAUGAAUGAUUACAAAAUUGUUGCCAAGUUAUUUGUAUGUAAGAAGGACACCAUUUGUAUUCCAAAGACCUAUUAACAUAUUUACAAUGUACAUUAUUGCGAUGAUCGGUUGUAAAAGAU